AGCAAACCCCUAGGUGUCCCAGUGUUCCUACACGGCAACACAAUAGUACAGAAGAAGUGUCCGGCACAACAGAUAGGCAGCAUCAUGCCUAUUGCUGUGAUUAUGGAGGAAAAUUUUGAUAAAUUAUUAGAACAAUGCGAAGCUCAAGAACUUGAGGCUCCAGGCGGCAUUGCAACACCUCAAGUUUAUGCUCAACUGCUGGCCCUCUAUUUACUCAAUAAUGACAUGAAUAAUGCCAGGUAUGUAUGGAAAAGGAUUCCACAGGCAAUAAAAUCGGCAAACCCUGAAUUAACAGCUGUUUGGGCCGUUGGCCAGCACAUCUGGCAGAGAGACUUUCCAGGUAUCUACGCCGCCAUAGCAGCUCACCAAUGGUCCGAGAAUAUUCUUCCAGUCAUGGAGGCCCUUCAAGGAUCUGUGGUUCGACCCCCAAGCCCCAUGGAUAGCCUGGAGAAGCAGCUGAGCUGUCCCAUUUGCCUGGACAUGUUCACCAAGCCUGUGGUCAUCUUGCCCUGCCAACACAACCUUUGCCGCAGUUGUGCCAGCGACCUCUACGACUCGCGCAACCCAUACCGUUUUUCAGGGGGUGUCUUUCGCUGCCCUACUUGUCGCUUUGAAGUUGUGCUCGACCGACACGGUGUUCAUGGCCUUCAGCGCAACCUCUUGGUGGAAAAUAUCAUCGACCUUUAUAAGCAGCAGCAAGAGGUCACUAACAGUGGAAACACAGAAACCAGCCUGAAAACUAAAGAAUCAAAAGAGCCCCUAUGCCAAGAACAUGAUGAUGAGAGAAUCAACAUCUACUGUGUGACCUGCCAAGUACCCACAUGCUCUAUGUGCAAAGUGUUUGGCCAGCACAAAGACUGCGAGGUCGCACCUCUAGCAAGUGUUUAUCAGACCCAGAAAGGUGAGCUGAGUAAUGCUAUUGAUUCUUUGGUAGCUAGCAAUGGACGUUUGCAGGCUUUGCUGAACCAGAUGGAAGAUACCUGCCGUACCGUACAAGAAAAUGCUCAGCGCGCAAAGCAAGGGCUUGCCGAACGCUUCGAUCUCUUAUAUGCUGUUUUAGAGGAGCGCAAGACUGUUCUACUCGAGCAGAUUGCCAAAGAGCAGGACGAAAAGGAGGCGGCUUUGCACUCCCUUGCUGAACGUUACACCGAACGGCUGCAAGCCAGUUCAGAGCUCACAGACACUGCUGUGAGGGCUUUGGAACAGAGCGGAGCUGCUGAGUUUCUGUUGGCUUCAAAAGGUCUUAUCACACAGACCAAAGAUGCAGCCAAGUCUUCGCUAGGUGAGGAGCGGCCAGAACCUGGCUUUGAGAAGAUGGACCACUUCACUUUGUCUACAGAGCACGUCGAAGCAGUCCUGGCCAAAAUGGACUUUGGAAUUGAUACCAAUGUCCUUAUAGAGAGCACGCGGCAAAGAGCGUACAGUCUAGUGGCCCAGUCCUACACGUCCAUCGCAGCAGAAGAUUUGGCUGCCUUUGUUGGGUACUCUGUAGAGGAGGCUGUGAAGGGUGUGGUGAGCCAAGGCUGGCAGGCAGAUCCAGCUACGAGGAUGGUGAUGCCUAAAAAGCCAGAUCCUCCCCCCGUCUCUUUGGUUCCAAAUGAGCAGCAGCUGGCCAGACUUACUGACUAUGUAGCAUUCCUUGAGAACUGAUAACCCACAAUAACGUCUGCCAACCAUUUGACCGACCAGUUUGGCUCCAACCGAAGAACAAGUUUGAAACAAAUCUUCAUCCAUGGUGUAAAGUUGUGGUUCCUCAGUAAAGAUGCACCAAAUUGCAGCUUGCAUGAAUGCCUCUGGCCUAUGGACUCAUCUUCAAAAUAUGGCCAUAAUCCUAUCUUGUUCUUUUAAUUCUUACAUUGAAAAUUGCAACAACUCAGAUUUCAACGUUUUGUAUUAAUUUUUGUUUUCUUACUAUUAGCAAACCUGCCUGAUGCAUUUUGGUCAGACUGAUCAUUGUUUUUAUCCGACCCAAUAAACGCUCUCCUUACAGAUGUCAUGACACCCAACACGUGCAGUAGACUGUUCAGUUUUAGCACUUGAAGGUUGUUUUGAAAUAUGCAUUUAUUAAGACGGCUUUAGAAAGCUGACUAAAUGUGUUUCUGUGUAGAAUGAAUAAUUUGAAUUGGUAGAGAAGAGUUAAAGAGUUUAGUUUUACGGAAAGUAAUGCUUGUGUAGAACUGUAAUAUAAACCAUAUAAAGUAUAUUUGUGUGGGUAUUGUGUUAGCAUUGCUGAGUAAACGAUUUGGAUUAUGCCACGUAUUCAUCUCUACAACAUAAAACAUUUGUUUUAUUCCCCAUAAAGCCGUCUUAGAUACGUGGCAGAUCUGUCUCUGUAACUACAUCUCUGUAGCUUUAAAGGGCGUUGUUGCCAUUUGGUGGGGGUUGGUAUGAAAUCCAAUUAGAUCACUGUCUCCAUACUUGAGGUUCUCAGUGGGUUCAGCAUGAUUUGAUUUAAUUUGCAAAAAUCAAUAAUUAUAGAUGACAGCAAAACGAAAACCUCAGUUUGAAUGCAGUUGUUUAGUUUUUUACUCCGGAUGUUCAUUUUAUAUCAGCAUAAAUUUAGUAAGUAAGCAUGUCAAAUCUAAGAAGUAUAUUUCUUUACAUAAAUUUCCUCACAAGUUCAAUUCAUCAACUUGCUGGAUAACGUAUCUGAUUCUGCAAAUGUAAACGUAAACGUGCCCAUGUCUAAACAAAUUUGAAUUGGUGUUGAUGUAAUGACUGCAGCAUCAGUCAAGAAAAAACUAACAUCUCACUGUUACGUCAUGAUUGUGAGUGAAAUCCCCAAAUGGUUCAAACUCAACAAUUUAUCUUGAGUUGUAAUGAAAUGCCCUGGCAACCACCACAAGGAAGCUGUAACUUCACCAAGAUGGGGAAGCCCUUCAACGGGAAGGGCAAGUUCACAUCAGGGGUCCUUUGAGCUGUAGUCGAUUUGAUUGUGCAGAGUAGUGCAAAUAUGUUUUAUUUAGUAUUUUUUGGUUUUCACUAUCGAGACCAGAUGUUCAGUACUGGUUCAUCUACAGUGAUUGUGAGACAAGGUGAAAUGGGUCAACCAUAAUCCACAGAAAUGGAAUAACCAGUUGAUUUAAUUUUUAAUUAUUGAUAUGUCUUUUUUUGCAUAAGGUUAAAAACAACCAUGUGACCUCAACUCUUUCUUUGAGUCUAUUUGCUUAUAUGCUCUCAAACAGGCAGGGGAUCUGUUGGUGAGGUUAUUUUCUGCACCAAUUAAUUUUGCAAUUGGUAACUAUUGAUGCAACUAAAGAUUACAUAUAAUAGUAACUUGCCAGACUUCUUAGGUCUUGGCUUACAACAAUUAGCUAAUACUCAAAUCAUACACUGUGUUGGUAGAUGUGGUAACCAAACCAACUUCUUCUUGUUCUUUAUCACCAGUACUACCCUGAAAGCACACGUUUGUUUUCUAUUACUGAAACAAUGCUGAUUGCCAAAGUGAACCAAUGCAACAGGGAAAAUUAGAGAUUGCAAAGUGCCACAAGUCCUGUAUAAGUUCAUCUUUACAAUUAACGCCUUGUUUUGGGAUAGAUGAGAGAUUGGCUCAGUGAAAGGAAAUCUUCACCAACAGAUGGUGUGAUUUUAAAAUCUGCCAAUGGUUGUCUAUCAAGACAUACAGUGUUUGGCAUUGCCAGUUGUAUUUUUUCAUCACAUUGACACAUUCAUCUGAGUAUUUGUUAAAAUGACAAAUGCA